AUGACAACAGACAUCACAGUGCCAGAUACGUCGUCGACGAUCCUCGUGCUCCACGACCCGGAACUCGACCCAACUCCCUUUCUGUCCCGCCUCCUUGACGUCCAACUCGACGACGACCCUUUGCGCGACCAUAUCCCAUGGACGAUUGACAACAAGUACUACACUGCCGAUGUCAAUUUUUGCCCUCUUCCCCUUGGAGUGUCGCCGCUUGCGCACCCAGUCGUCAUGUACCUGUUCUCUGGAAAGGCGCCAGACCCGCUUCCACCAUCGCUCACCCGCCUGUCAGUGCUCGACCCUCCUCCCGACCUUUCUGUCGCUGUCCGCAUAAAGGAGGGCACCGAGCCCGCCGCCGACACCCACCCCACUGCCGAGGACAUUGACGAGGAGGACCGUUUCGACGAGAUUGGCAUGGAAGUUGUGGACGAACGCGGCGUCGUGGACGACGAUGACGAGAGGCCACUUGACCCUCUCGAGACUGUCCGCCAAACGCUCAUGACCCACAUGUGGCCCAACAUGGUCCGCAAGGGUACCCGCGGUGGCAACGUUCCUCGUCCAGACAUCAUUGUGGACGCUGAGAAUGACGGAAGCAGCGACGAAGCGCAUUUCCCAGUCACCUUUUCGGCGAGGACACCAGAACCCCGUCCAGCGGGACCUGUGAGCGACUUCCCCACGCCGCCUGGGCCCACGUCUCUCGAUAAUGACGACGGCGACGACUUUGGCGACUUUGCACCGCUCCCAGACGCGUCAGAAUUUGGCCCCAUCCCUGGCGCUGAUGAGUACUCUCGCCUCGAGUCGUGGCUCGACAAUGACGGCGACUUCCCUGACGCCGACGGUGACGACGAGGGUGACGAUGUGGCGGCCAUCAUUGCCGAGGCCAUGCGCCAUAUCCCACCAGGCAUGAACGGCGCCAACGGCGCGAACGGCCUGUCAUUUGAGGAUGACGACGACGACACGGCAGGCUUCGAGGACAACUUUGGACCUCUGACCGGUGCGCGUGGCAGCAUGCCUGCCAUCCCCCUGGACCCUACCCCGAUCCUCCUCCACCUCCAGCAGGUGCGUGCAGAGUUGUCGCAGGUAGAGGACGAGGACGAGCGUAGAAUGCGUGCAGCGGCCGAGGUGGAGCGUCUCAUGUCAUCGCUCGGUAUGGAUGGCGGAGACUGGGACGAUGACUUGGAAGGAAUCGACGGAUUGGAGCAGAAUGGCAACGGCGACGAGGACACGCUUCAGAGGCUGGCGCGAUUGGAUAUGCUGGACGAGUUGUAG